CCUUGAAAAAUUGAUUAUUAAACAGAUGAUUAAUGUCACAAAAAGAAAUGUUUACUUGCGAAUGCCACUUCUUUGUCCCAAAAUUUUUAUUUUGAUUUUUUUCGAGGGUAAAUAGUGUGAGUUAUGCGAAAAAAUAUUUGGUAAUCUUCUUUGUUUAAAGAGCCAAAUUUGCAAUGACCGAACGAUCACCGUCGAAGAGGCGUUUACAUAGAGAAUUGUUAUCGCUUAUUAAAGAGCCGCCACCUGGAGUUUCUCUGGAUGCCGAACAAAUCGAACAAAAUCUAUUUUUGUGGACAAUUCACUUAGAAGGGGCAGAAAGAACCUUGUACGAGGGGGAGAGUUUUCAAUUACAGUUCAAAUUUAGUGAUAAUUACCCGUUUGACUCGCCUGAGGUUAUUUUUACCGGAGAACACAUUCCUAUUCAUCCACACGUAUACAGUAAUGGACACAUAUGCCUUUCCAUAUUAACCGAUGAUUGGUCACCAGCAUUAUCAGUUCAGUCUGUUUGUCUUUCGAUUGUAUCAAUGCUUAGCAGUUGUAAGGAAAAGCAACGACCACCUGAUAAUGCUUUUUAUGUGAAAACUUGCAACAAAAACCCAAAGAAAACUAAGUGGUGGUAUCAUGAUGAUUCAGUUUAAAUUAAUAAAAAAAAUAGAAGUGAUGGGGUUGACUAAUUUUUAAUAUAUUUUAUCCAAAUAAAUUAUUCUAAAAUUGUACUAUAAACUUAAAGUUUUUUUAUGUUGUAAUUUUAAACCGAUAUAAGUUCUGUUGAAAAGAUAAAUAUAUAAAAUUUGAAUAGGAGGUGCAGACACAUUUUUAUUCGUUGUAUUGGUCUGGAUGGAACAUUGUUUUUGUAAGAUUUAAUCUUAAUUUAGAAUAGUUUAAUUUUAUAAUUUAGAGGACGAUGUAUUUCUUAUAUAUGAUGCGUUUUUAGAGAAUUUUUAUUAUAAUUAUAUAGGAUCCCAUAUUUAGGAGCGGAAAUUUACUGGCGAACGCUUUAAGAGAGUUUUAGAAAUGUAACACUUAUCUAUUUUAAACAUGUGCUUAUAUUAUUUGUUGUUAAAUUAAAUAUCCCAAAAAAG